AAAGUUUUUUCCAAAAAUGUAAGGUUGUCAGAAAGAAAAAAUAUAUAAAUUAACUAGCACGCCUUACGUCACUUCCGAUUUGUGUUGCUCUGGUCUUGUGCGUGGUCCGCGUGUUUACAGUCCCACUCCCAGAUGAAGGAAUCGAUAAUGAACCAAGAGAAGCUUGUCAAAUUGCAGGCUCAAGUCCGCAUUGGUGGCAAGGGAUCUGCACGCAGGAAGAAGAAGCUGGUCCAUAGAACAACUACAGCUGAUGACAAAAAACUGCAGUUGUCACUCAAAAAACUGGGGGUCAACAGCAUCUCUGGGAUUGAAGAAGUGAAUAUGUUCACAAAUCAAGGAACAGUAAUUCACUUCAACAACCCAAAGGUUCAAGCCUCACUCUCCACCAACACCUUUACUGUCACAGGGCAUGCUGAAAACAAAGAACUGACCGAGAUGCUGCCAGGAAUUCUACACCAACUCGGAGCUGAAAGUUUAACCAAUCUGAGGAGAUUGGCGGAGACCCUACCUAAAAUGGACGGCGAUAACAAGGCUCCACUUGUUGCUGCAGAAGAGGAUGAUGAAGUUCCUGAUCUCGUGGAAAACUUUGAUGAAGCUUCAAAAAAUGAGAUUAAGUGUGACAAAAACUGAGAACCUACCCAGUCCAGAACAUCACUGUGGACAUUUUAACACUUGUUUUCUAUCAUGUUUUUUAAAAUCUUUCUCAACUGUUACAUCAUUCUAUUCCUUGUUUACUAAAGUAUAACAUAAAUCAUUUAUAAACACAUUCACAAAACUGUUGAAACUAUAACGUACUGUGUAAGUGCAAAGUGUAUAAUUAGACCCUGAAAGGUCAUAACCUUAACUUUGGUUAUUUUUAUUUACACUAAGAAAAUGACAGGCCACAUUCUUUUGAAAAAGUUGGGAAAAAAAAGUGAUGAAUGUGAAACCAAAACUCACAGGACAAGCAGUUUCAAGUCAGUCACUUCAGUCAUCAGGGGCAUUUAUCAAAAUACAAUACAAAAGGAAUGUUUAAUAUGCUUACUGUCAUAUAUAUAGAGAGAUAUAGAUAUAUAUAGAUCUAGCUAUAAAUCUCCUUAUCCAUAUCCUGGGUAUAGAGGCUUGGUGUGUCGAUCAAUUUUGAAUGUAUGGCUAACCACUGAACUUUGGGCCAUUUCUUCUCAUUUGCCAUACUCACAUAGCUGCAUUUAACGCGCAAGGGUCAUAAGACGUAUCCCAUUCACUAAUGUUGAUUUGGCAGCACUUCAUGAUAAGCACGCAGACAGUGGCGCUUUCUGCUCUUAAGAUGCUGUGUUAAUAAGCAAAUAAUCCAUCCAUAUAUAUAAAAUAAAUAAAUGUAAAGGAUUCAGUUA